AUGGCUCCCCUGCACAAUAGGGUCUUCAGGCAUCUUUCAAGGACCAGUCCAACCCAGGAUAGGCCUGAAGCAUCAGCUGCAAGUGGUCUGCCCAGAGGGGCCUCAAGCCCCAGCGACCCCCUGGCGACCCCAGCAAGGCGCUCUCCUCCUGGCAAGGGGUCAAGCGGAGGUGGUUUACCGCUCUUGCAGCGGCUCCCGGCGGCUGCGCGCACUGCUGGAGCGGCCGGGUCACCUCGGGGCGGGCGUCUGGCCAGAGAUGCGCGGGUGGCGCGAGGGGAGGAGUUGACUCCGCCCCUCCCGGCCCCGCCCCGCCCCGCCCCUCCCCAGAUGCUCCAGCUGCGGCCCGGCCGAGAGACGGCAGCCGCGGGAGCCAUGAGGAGCGCGGCCGGCCAGAGGGACGCGGUGGGGCUGCUGGUCGGCGCGCUGGCCGGCCUCCUCGCAGCUGCCUCCGCUGACCAGCCGCAGAGUCCCCCCCGUCGGGUGAACGGAGUCCUGGGGGGCUCGGUGGUCCUCUCGGUGAAUGUCGCGCCCGGAGCCAAAGUGAAGGAGGUCGAGUGGAGCUACCGGGCCGGGUCGGGGCCGGCGCUCCUGGUGGCUCUGUUCCGCGAUGGCAAGUUUGACCGCCCCGAUCCCAGCGACCGGUUCAGGCAGAGGAUCGGAAUGUUCAACGAGACGCUGAGGAUCAGGGCCCUGGAGCUGAACGACAGCGGCGUCUUCGGGGCGCGAGUGAAGAUCUUUCCAGCCCUUGUGGAGGACCAGAUCUUCCAUCUGACCGUCUACGAGCCCGUCUUGAUGCCCCGCAUACAGAGCCAGCUGCUGUCCAGCACGCCCGGCGGAUGCAACGUGAGCCUCCAGUGCCUGACCCCCGGGAAGGGCCGGGUGAACGUCACCUGGAGGAAAGGGAACCCGAUCCAGGACCUCAGCAGCACGGACCGAUACCAGGUCUCCCCCGAUGGCAGGACUAUCCGGCUCUCUUUGCAGGCCACCUCUCUCAACACCACCUACUCCUGCAUGGCCAGCAACCCCGUGGAGCACAAAAUCGUCUCCUUCGACUUGCAGAGGAUCUGCCAGAGCGGAGUGGACACCUCCUUCUCUAAGUCCGGCUACAUGGUCUUGACCAUCGUCCUCUUAGUGCUAAGUCUCGGGGCGGCGUUUUGGUGCUGGCGGAUCAACAGUGAGAAGUCAGCCCAGGCAGCCACCAUCCCGACUGUCCAAGUGGAGGAGAGCCCUUCGGAUGACCCGAACGCGGAGGUCGCGAAGAGGAGCCCCCCAGAAGGUAACGACAAGUCCCUCGGUCGCCGGGAAAACAGUGCUGACAGAAGCCCCCAGAGGAGCCCCCAAAGAAGCCCCCAGAGAGAGCCGCUCAUCGCACCCGUUCACAACCCCCCCCAAGGAAACGGUGUAAAAGCCCUUUACUUCCAACAGCAAAGACUGGAGUCCCAGCUACGUUCUGCUUCAGUGGAGUCCCUUCGGGCAGAAGGAGCGCAGGCCGGGCAGCCCCAACUGCAGUCUUCAGCGCCCAUCUGGAAUCGUUUGGCUGUGACCUAA